AAGUUUUUGAUAAAAGUGAACAAUAAAACAAAUUAUGUCACGCGAAUCUUGUUCGUGCAAUAGACGUGGAAUAGAUUACUAUGGCGUGUUAUCGUUGAAAAAAAACUGUGAUGAUUUGGAAAUCAAAGCUGCAUUUCGACGAUUAGCGAUACGUUACAAUCCUAAAAGAGCAAAGAGCGAAUGUUUGAAUACUAUUUUCGGUUUAGUGGCCGAAGCAUACGAUGUGCUUUCAGAUCCUCUUAAAAGAACUAUAUACGAUCAAUUCGGCGAAGAAGGUCUUAAAAAUGGCGUGCCUGGAGCCGAAGGAUUUAUUCAACCGUACACUUAUCAUGGAGAACCGAUGAGAACUUACAAGGAAUUCUUCGGUACCGAAAGUCCUUAUGCUGAUCUACUCUACGUAUUAACACAGUCUCUGACUCUGCUCGAAUUUCCCGAGGGUCGAGGUAUAAAACGCAAGGAAGAACCUCUGAUAAAAACCUUGUACCUAACCCUAGUGGAGGUUUUCCUUGGAGGGAUAAAGAAAAUGAAGAUACAAAGAUUAGUGCUGGUAGGGGAUGAUAAGUCUAGGACAGUGACGAAAGAAAAAAUUUUAACGAUACCUAUUAAGCCAGGCAUUCCGACGGGAACGAGGAUAGUAUUUCCAGAGGAGGGUGAUCAAGGACCCACGAAAAUUCCUGCGGAUGUAAUCUUCAUCACGGAGGACCGGCCUCACGAGACCUUCCGAAGAGAGGGCUCUGACUUGCACAUGACGGUCGAUAUCUUUCUGCGAGAGGCACUGACCGGAACAGUGGUCACCGUCAACACCCUCGACGACAGAACCCUUCGAAUACCACUAACGUCUGUCAUCACGCCAGAUUACAGGAAACGCGUAGCCGGGGAAGGGCUGCCAUUACCGGAGGACCCAAAGGAAAGAGGAAGCUUGAUCAUGUCGUUUAACAUCGAGUAUCCAGUGUAUCUGCCAGUAUCCAAUAAAACUUACGUUAAACGAGCGUUCGACACGUCGGAAGAUAUCAGGGAUACGGAAUACGUCCAUCGUCUUAUACUGGCCAAUAAAAUGCGUAGGAACGUGGAUUUUGAUGUUCCCGUGCGUCGACAGCCCGACGAUCGCGAAUUGAUCUUUGUCCGUCACAUUUGAUUUUCUAUUGUUCUUUCAUUCAAGUAACUCAGCUCGUCGAAAUUUCAAAUGAAAAAUGUAUGUACAAUUUAUCAU